CGCUGCUUUUCUUUAUUAAUUUUCAAUUCAAUACGAUUUCUGUUCUUCGUUAUUCUCGUGGCGGAACCCUAUCUCUGCUCCUUACAUCUCUUACUUCUACCCUGUACUUCAAUUUAUAUUUCUCAAGCUCUUUUUUUUUUUUUUUGUGAAUUUCUAACUAAAGACGAACAAAAAAAAAUGUCAAGUGCAUUAGAGAUGUCGCUAGACGACCUGAUCAAGCGUAACCGUAAGUCCGGAUCCGGAAAUCCCCGCGGUCGAGGCCGUGGAUCAGGACCGGGACCCGCCCGCCGCUUUCCUAACCGCGGAACAAACCGCUCGGCACCGUAUACUGCUGCUACGGCGCCGGAGACGACGUGGCAGCACGAUAUGUAUUCGGAUAAGGGAGGAGCGUUCCAAGGUCAAGCCGUUCGGGCCGCUGCAAUAGAAACCGGAACGAAGCUCUACGUCUCUAAUUUAGAUUAUGGAGUAUCUAACGACGACAUAAAGGAGUUAUUUUCUGAGGUUGGUGACCUGAAACGAUAUGCAAUUCAUUAUGAUUGGACCGGUAGAUCGAAGGGAACCGCCGAAGUUGUCUUUUCACGGAAAGCAGAUGCUAUGGCUGCAGUCAAGAGAUACAAUAAUGUUCAACUUGAUGGAAAGCCGAUGAAAAUCGAGAUUGUGGGAACAAACAUUGCUACCCCUGCUGCACCAACAGUUGCCAAUGUUGCUUUUGGAAGUUCAAAUGGAGCCCCUAGAGGUGGCCGUGGCAGGGGUGGAGGAUUCCGUAGGCAACGUGGUGUUGCUGGAGGCCGUGGCUUUGGAAGAGGCCGUGGACAGGGAAGGGGCCGUGGAGAAAAGGUUUCGGCAGAAGAUCUUGACGCUGAUCUAGAGAAGUAUCACACUGAAGCAAUGCAGACAAAUUGAAGCAUUUCUCAUGUUCUGUUGGUUGGGUUUUAAGUCUUCUUUUCUACUAUGGACAUUAUGUGCUUGAUGCUCAACUAUAUUGUGUAUCACUACCAAAUUCACUCUUUAGAGGAACUAGUCAUAUGGAGAGAACUAUUAGUGUCUAAAGUUUUAUGGAGUUUGAGCUUUUACUGUUGACCUUUUACUUGGGUAUAAAGAAUGUGGGUUAGUGGGGAACAAAAAAAGCUAUCAUUUUGUAAUCUUGAAUUAUGCUUUUAGUUCCAUUGAAAUUGGGCUCAUUCCACCACUCAGUAACAAAGCGGAAACUCUUUCUCUUGGUUUUCCAUAUGCUAAGGGAACUUUGGCUGCAUGCUGUGGGAGGAGUAAUCUUGCCGCUGCCCAAAGCUGCAUUGCCUUUAGGUUGCUCCUGCAUUUUGGAACUAGGGAGACUGCAAUCUGAGGUAGAUUUCUUUAUGUUCUUUUCUAGCUUUUCAGAAUUUUGUCCUUUGUAUUAUUGGUGAUGCAACUGGUUUUCCUAUUUAGGCUUUUAGGUUGCGUAUGUUCCUUCACUCUAUUGUAUUAUUGCCAGGGGAUUAAUCUUUGCCCCUAUUAUCUAUGAAUUAUGCUGAUAUGGCUUAUUGUAGUAAACUAUUGUAGAAUCUCCCCGCUUUGGUUUCAACCAGUUGGUUUCUUGCCGGAGAAAAUCUGUUGACGGCUCCAGUACAGUUGGCUUAUAGGAGCUUGUUCUGGAGUUCAAAUGAUUAUAGAAAUCUGUUGAAGUACAAUAAGAUUCUGAAGUUUGCUCUUUCAGUUUCCAUAUAAAGUGAAUGAACCCCCUCUGCCUCCGCAUAUAUGCCUCCAUUUCAUUUUGGGGCUUGAGGAAGUUGAAUAAGAGUAUAGUUACGGCAUGAAUAUACUUUAACAAAAGCUAAGAUUUAAAUAGCGGGAAAUUGCUUAAUUUUUUUUUGUCAUUCUGUGAGCUGCUAUGCUAAUGCUUGGAGCAAACGGCUUUUGUCACUGCUUCCCCUGAUUCAAGGUUAGGAAAUUCAAAGUGGACGAUGCUUAUUUGCCGUAGUAGUAUCGGGUCUUCACUUUGGAAGCUUGCCCCAACCUUCAGACAAUGAAAGUUGGUGAGUGCUGGUUUUCCUAUUUACAUAUAUGCAUAGUUAUUGACCAAUGAGUCUUAUUUUGCUCAUGAUUAACAUCUAUAUAUAGUUUUUCUGAUUCUUGAAUUUCAGUUAUUUUAAUAAAAA